AUGCUUGCGGUGGACAGUGACACAGAUGUGGAGGAGGCUGAGGCCCUUCCAGAUGUUGGCUGCCCAAAAAUACGUGGCACGGCCCCCAAGGUGCCAGAAAACCCGGGUGCGGAGAUGGAGACCCCGAAUCCAGAUGUUGGGGGUCCCAAAAACGGAUGCUGGACACUUGCGGACAGCGAUACAGAUGUGGAGGCGGAGAAAUCAAACUCAGCUGUUGGAGGGCCCCAAAAUGGACAUCAGAUGCUCGUGGUGGACAGCGAUACAGAUGUGGAGGAGGCCAGAGCCAGUCCAGAUGUUGGACGCCCCCAAACCCAUCAAAUGACCCAAAAUGUACCCAAAAAACAAAAUAUUGAGAUGGAGACGCAAAAUGCAGAUGUUGAAGGUUCACAAGAGCGUCAUGGGAUGCUCGUGGUGGACAGCGAUACAGAUGUGGAGGAGGCCAGAGCCAGUCCAGAUGUUGGACGCCCCCAAACCCAUCAAAUGACCCAAAAUGUACCCAAAAAACAAAAUAUUGAGAUGGAGACGCAAAAUGCAGAUGUUGAAGGUUCACAAGAGCGUCAUGGGAUGCUCGUGGUGGACAGCGAUACAGAUGUGGAGGAGGCCAGAGCCAGUCCAGAUGUUGGACGCCCCCAAACCCAUCAAAUGACCCAAAAUGUACCCAAAAAACAAAAUAUUGAGAUGGAGACGCAAAAUGCAGAUGUUGAAGGUUCACAAGAGCGUCAUGGGAUGCUCGUGGUGGACAGCGAUACAGAUGUGGAGGAGGCCAGAGCCAGUCCAGAUGUUGGACGCCCCCAAACCCAUCAAAUGACCCAAAAUGUACCCAAAAAACAAAAUAUUGAGAUGGAGACGCAAAAUGCAGAUGUUGAAGGUUCACAAGAGCGUCAUGGGAUGCUCGUGGUGGACAGCGAUACAGAUGUGGAAGAGAACGGAGCCGAUCCAGAUGUUGGGUACCCUAAAACCCCUCAAAAACCCCAAAACGCACCAAAAAACCCAGUUGUGGAGAUGGAGACGCAAAAUGCAGAUGUUGAAGGUUCGCAGAAGGGUCGUGGGAUGCUCGUGGUGGACAGCGAUACAGAUGUGGAGGAGGACACUUCCAAUCCAGAUGUUGGGUGCCCAGAAAGCCACAGAACAGCCCCCAGCGCCCCAGAUGUGAAGCCGGAGACCACAAACAGAGAUGCGGAAGGACGACGGACUCUGCUGGUGGAGAGUGAUACAGAUGUGGAGGAGGCGGCUUCCGAUCCAGAUGUUGGGACUCCACAACCCCAUCGAGCAACCCAAAACGUACCGAGAAACCCAGAGGUGGAGACGAAGAGUCCGAAUCCACGUGCUGAAGGACCCCGAAACGAACAUUGGAUGCUCGUGGCGGACAGCGAUACAGAUGUGGAGGAGAACGAGGUGAAUCCAAAUGUUGGGCGUCCAAAAAUCCGUCGAAUUACCCGCAAAGACCCAGAUGUGGCGAUGAAGAAGCCGAAUCCAGAUGCUGAAGAACCCCCAAAGGACCGUCGCGACCUAGAGGUGGACAGUGACACAGAUGUGGAAGAAGAACACGUUGACUCAGGUUUUCUUUGCCCCAAAAGCCACAAAACACCCCGAAACACCCGGAAAGACCCAACUGUGGUGAUGGAGACCCCGAAUCCAGAUGUUGGUGGCCUCCGCCGUGGCUCAGUGGCCUCCCGUGGUGACAGCGAUACAGAUGUGGAGGACCUCAACGCCUUUCCCAACGUUGGAGCUCCAAAACCGCGUGGGACAACCCGUGAGGUCAUGGAUACAGUUGCUAAGAUGGCCGCUGCGCCAGAUGUUGACCCCGAGGGGCCGACACGGACCAAUGGCGAUCCAGAUGUGAAGGUGACGUCCCCAACUCCAGAUGCCGGAGCCCCUGAAGCCCGGUGCCCGCUCCUGAAUGUGGACAGCGAUACAGAUGUUGAAGACGAUGGUGUCGUUCCAGAUGUUGGGAGGGCGCGAAGGUGUCGAGGGGCCUCUGGUGACCCAGAUGUGGCAGCGAGGCCCCGAAAUCCAGAUGUUUCCUCUCCCACGAGCCCCGGGGAUGGCAGCGACACCGACACGGAGGAGGUGGCCCCCACUCCAGAUGUUCGGAGCCUCCGGCGCCGAAUCCGGAAUCGACCCCAUCCAGAUGUUGGGGGCCCCGCCCCGGGCAGCGAUAGCGACGUGAAGGGGGCAGACCCAAACCCACGGGAAUCGCCCCCGAAACGGCCGAGUUUGUCCCCGGAAUCACGGGGUGACACAAGCGCGGAAGGACCGGUCCCCAAACGUCACGAUUCAGCCCCAAAUACAGCUGCGGAGGCCCCGAAUCCAGAUGUUGGGGCCGGGCAACGCAACGGGGAGACCCCGCGGAGGGGCGUGGAUCCAGCUGUGCCGCCAGAUGUUCCCCCCCCCAAAUCCCCGCGUCUGGUCUCGAAUUUGGGUGACGGCGCUGGGCCCAGGGGUGACGGGGCCACCCCCGGCGGGGACGCGGGUGCGACGGUGACGGAGAGCGACACUGACGUCGAGGCCAUGGAGGUGGCCUUGAAGACACUGGGGGGGUCCAUGGCCACCUCCAUCUUCGACUGCACCCACCUGGUGACCGACCGCGUCCGACGCACCGUCAAGUUCCUCUGUGCGGUGGCCCGCGGCGUCCCCAUCGUCACCCCCGAGUGGCUCCACAAGAGCGCCCGCAGCGGCCGUGUCCUGGUGCCGGGUCCCUUCCUGGUGCGUGACAGCCAGCAGGAACGUCACUUCGGCUUCAGCCUGGCCCAGGCCCUGCGCCGCGCCCGCCGCCACCCCCUGCUCCAGUUGUCACCCCGUGUGGCCUCGGGGACAGCCCCAAGGGGUGUCCCCUGA